AGUGUGAUAAGUGUACAGAGAGCCGUCCUUAACGACUGUCGUUAUCAUUAUCUACAGUCUUCAUCUCUGCUUACAGGACUCUAGAAAAAUCUUCAGAUUCCUCUCAACUCUAUUGACGUUUCUGCCUCGCGAGAAGAAAACAUUGCGGAAAACUCCCUUUUUCACUGGGAAAAACACCUCAAAAUGUGGCGAAAGUGCUUCACAGGAGGAACAGUGGUUGUCGCCAGCCUGACUCUGUGGAAGACCAAUGUUGUCCUCGCAGAAACCAGGAGAAUGAAGCAAGAGAACUCCGUGAAGCUGACGUCCAGGGAGCGGAGAUUCAUCAAUUUUGCAUCCGUGGAGAUCGAUGGGCAGCUGUACAUGACACCACAGGACUUCCUGGAUUCGGUGGUGGAGCAGGAGCCACGGCCACGGCUGAAGAGAAAGUCUCUGGCGAUGGCUGAGAUUGGCUUCGUGAAAGAUGUCACGCCGGCGCUGCACAAGGGCUCCUCGCAGCUCUUUAGGAAUCUCAGAGACAAAGGAAUUGUUUCUUACACGGAAUAUCUCUUCCUGCUCUCAAUUUUAACAAAGCCUCAUUCAGCAUUUCGCAUUGCCUUCAACAUGUUCGACACGGAUGGCAAUCAGAGAGUUGAUAAGCAUGAAUUUCUUGUGAUUCGUGAACUUUUUGGUGGUUCCCUGAAAAAUAGGGAGUUAGACCCAGAAACCAAGAAAACUAUGGAACGCAUUUUUAGCUAUGCUUGGCGAGAAAAACGAGGCAUUGGAAGUGACAAGGAACAAACAGACUACUUAAUGGAUAACGACGAGGGCCUUCAGAGGCGCCACAAGAUUGACACAACGCUGCAAGUGCAUUUCUUCGGGUCGAAGGGCAACAAGGAUCUCCAUUACGAGGGAUUCUACAAGUUCAUGGAUGAUCUGCAGACGGAAGUGCUGGAACUGGAGUUCAAUGAGUUCUCAAAAGGCAAACCGGCAAUAUCGGAGAUCGAUUUCGCCACGAUUCUCUUGCGCUACACAUACUUGGACGUGGAUGAUCAUGACAAGUAUCUGGACAGAUUGCUGGAUCGCGUGGAGGAGAAGGGCAUCACGUUCAAGGAGUUCCGCAACUUUUGCCAGUUCCUCAACAAUCUGGAGGACUUCAGCAUCGCCAUGCGAAUGUACACUCUGGCCGAUCGUGCCAUUUCCAAAGACGAGUUCUCACGCGCCGUGAAGAUCUGCACGGGAUUCACGCUCACGCCGCACAUCAUCAAGACAGUCUUCGCACUCUUCGACGAGGAUGGCGAUGGCUUGCUGUCCUACAAGGAAUUCAUUGCCAUCAUGAAGGAUCGUCUGCACCGCGGAUGCAAAUCAAAUCAACGAGUCGAAGGCUGGGACGCCUUCAAGGCGUGCCUGAAGAACGAAAUCCGUCAGAAUCGCUUGUAAAAGUCAUUGGGUGAAUGCAACAUUUCUAGUCUAUCUUUGAUCUUCCGACAAAUAUUUCACAAAUUGUUACUCUCUGUUAAUGCAAUAUUUAUUUUGAGUCUUUUUUAAAUACUUUUUUCAAAACUCUCGUUAAGACAUUUUUGCGUGUGUGUGUGUUUCAUAUUGUUAAAUAAAAAGAAGUCUUUCAACAUCACAAACAUGCUUUUGUGCCCGAAAAAGAAAAA